AUGAGUGUCCGAGUCGUCGCGCGUGUUCGCCCCCUCCUCAACACCGAGCGAGACCUCGAUGUGAUCCUGCGCACCGGAUCUUCCGCCCCAACAGAUUCCAAAUCACGUUUGUCUAGCAUUGGCGACAAGACCGACAAGACCGACAAAAAACUGGCGUCUUUGAGGGACAGAGAUAACGUCGUCCGCAUCCCCAAUCCGAAGAACGAGGGCGAGGAAUAUGCCUUCCAGUUCAAUGGGGUGUAUGCUGCUGAGGUAUCGCAGCAGGAGCUUUUUGACGCGGAGGGUGAGUGA